GUAUCAGACACGUGGGUUGAGUACAGGUCUGCCUGCACUGGUCAGGAGUUCUGCAUACUGUAUUAUACUGAUCUGAUCUGUCAGCUUCAUUUCAUACUAACUCGCCCAAACACCUGGAAGGAUCAUGUCAGUCUUGCAGUUCUACAGGAGGGCAGAUGCUGAAGGUGGGCGGAGCCUGCAGAGGGUCAUACAGCUCUAUCCACACGUCACCAUAACCACUGAACUCUGCUACAAUGUGGAAGUGAACGGUGUUGACUGUGUGAGUGCAGAGCAGAAAGAUAUCCUGCGCUGGUUAUUUACCCCUCAGUCUUCAGAGCUGUCUGAUGAGCCCACUCUCAGAGCGAUUAUGCCAGGAGAGAGCCUGGUGGAAAUUGGCCCCAGGCUGAACUUCUCCACUGCGUGGUCCACAAAUGCUGUGUCCAUCUGCCAGAGUGCAGGCCUGCAUCAGGUGACCAGGGUGGAACUAUCUCGCAGGCACCUCAUCAAGGAUGAGCUGCAUGAGCUGAGGAAAGCUAAGGAGCUGGAGAAGUUAAUCAGCCUCUUGUAUGACAGCAUGACAGAAUGUGUCUACAAUAAGCCCAUUGAAUCUUUCUUGGUGGAUGUUCAGCCUCAGAAAGUAUUCGAAGUUGACAUUUUAGGAAAAGGUCGUGCUGCAUUGGAGAGGGCCAAUGAUGAGCUUGGACUAGCCUUUGACUCCUGGGAUCUGGACUACUACACAGCAUUGUUCCAGAGGGUGAAGAGAAAUCCAACCAGUGUUGAAUGCUUUGACCUUGCCCAGUCCAACAGUGAGCACAGUCGCCACUGGUUCUUCCGAGGCCGGAUGGUGAUUGACGGAGAGGAGCAGAAAGACACUCUGUUCAGCCUCAUCAUGGGCACCCAGCAGCACAGCAAUCAGAACAAUGUCAUCAAGUUCUGUGAUAACAGCAGUGGUAUUAAAGGCAUGGAGUUGGAGUGCAUGUUCCCCACUGACCCUGCACAGGCCAGCUGCUACAAGACCAAACACACCACCAGACACGUCAUCUUCACUGCAGAAACACACAACUUCCCCACAGGUGUCGCUCCUUUCAGCGGUGCUACCACAGGUACUGGUGGGCGAAUCAGGGAUGUACAAAGUGCAGGUCGAGGUGGACAUGUGAUUGCAGGGACUGCUGGGUACUGCUUUGGUAACCUUCACAUCCCAGGUUUUGCCCUUCCAUGGGAGGAGGGUGGUUGGGAGUACCCUUCGAGUUUUGCCCCUCCUUUGCAGGUGGCUAUUGAAGCCAGUGAUGGUGCUUCAGACUACGGCAACAAGUUUGGAGAACCAGUGCUGGCAGGCUUUGCCCGGUCCUUUGGAAUGCGCUUGGCCAAUGGUGAGCGUCGAGAAUGGAUUAAGCCAAUAAUGUUCAGCGGUGGACUGGGCUCCAUUGAGGAUAAGCAUGUGAAGAAAGAGGAGGCAGAGUCAGGUAUGGAGGUGGUGAAAAUAGGAGGGCCUGUGUAUAGGAUUGGUGUAGGUGGAGGCGCUGCGUCCUCUGUGCAGGUACAGGGUGAUAACUCCAGUGAUCGUGAUUUGGGUGCAGUACAAAGAGGAGAUGCUGAAAUGGAGCAGAAGAUGAAUCGGGCUCUGAGGGCCUGUUUGGAGAGAGCUGCAGGAAACCCCAUCUGUAGUAUCCAUGACCAGGGCGCAGGAGGCAAUGGAAAUGUGUUGAAAGAGCUGAGUGAACCUGCUGGAGCUGUCAUCUACACCAGCAAAUUUAAAAGAGGUGAUCCCACCCUCAGUGUUCUGGAGUUGUGGGGGGCUGAGUAUCAGGAGAGUAAUGCUCUGUUGCUCCGCCCAUCUGACCGGAGUUUUCUGGAGAGGGUGUGCCAGAGGGAGAAAUGCCCUGUUGACUUUGUGGGCAACAUUACAGGUGAUCGUAAGAUUGUUCUUGUGGAUGAUUUCUCGAACCCUGGCAGUGCCGUGAUUGGUGGGCGGAAUCCGGUGGAUUUGGAACUUGAUUGGGUAUUAGGAAAGAUGCCUCAGAAGGAGUUCAGGCUGGACUAUGUGCCUUCCUGUCUGCAGCCUCUCUCUCUUCCUCCAGGGUUAUCUGUUUUGCCUGCUCUUGAGAGAGUUCUUAAACUUCCUUCAGUGGCCAGCAAACGCUACCUCACUAACAAGGUGGAUCGCUCUGUGACUGGAUUGGUGGCACAGCAGCAGUGUGUAGGACCCCUCCACACCCCACUGGCUGAUGUGGCUGUGGUUGCUCUAUCACCCUUCAGCCUUCAGGGGGCUGCUACAGCGAUUGGGGAGCAGCCAAUUAAAGGCUUAGUUUCCCCAGCAGUUGGCGCGCGAAUGGCUGUAGGCGAGGCUCUUACCAAUCUGGUGUUUGCACGUGUUACUGCUCUCAAGGAUGUGAAAUGCAGCGGUAACUGGAUGUGGGCAGCGAAGUUGCCAGGUGAAGGGGCGUGUCUGUGGGAGGCGUGUCAAGCUAUGUGCAAGGUCAUGGGUCAGUUGGGCAUUGCAGUCGAUGGUGGAAAGGACUCCCUCAGCAUGGCUGCUCGUGUUGGUGAAAAAACUGUCAAAGCACCAGGUUCUUUGGUCAUCUCUGUGUAUGCGGUGUGUCCUGAUAUCACUGCUACUGUCACCCCUGACCUAGAUAACCCAGAGGGCAAAGGUGUAUUGCUGUAUGUUCCUGUGAGUGUGGGUAAAUACAGGCUGGGUGGCUCUGCUCUUGCUCAGUGUUAUGGUCAGCUGGGAGACUGCAGCCCAGACCUGGAUUAUCCUGACCUUCUUUCAGCCUGCUUCAACACCACCCAGACACUCGUUGAAGAUCGUCUGCUAAGUGCAGGGCAUGAUGUCAGUGAUGGAGGACUAAUUUCCUGUCUGUUGGAGAUGGCCUUUGCAGGAAAUCGUGGGAUAGAAGUUGACUUGCCUUUUGAUGGAGUUGGAGUGAUGGAGGCUUUGUUCUCGGAGGAGUUGGGUCUGGUGUUGGAGGUGUGUGAGAAUGAUGUGGAAAGCGUGCGUCAGCGGUACACACACGCUGGGCUGUGCUGCUACAAGAUUGGCACUACCUGUGGCUUUGGACCUGACGCUAUGGUCAGGGUGAGCCUCUGUGGACAGGAAGUGCUGCAUGAGCGUCUAUCCACUCUCAGGGCAUUAUGGGAGAGCACAAGCUUCCAGCUGGAGUGUCUGCAGGCCAAUCCACUGUGCGUACGGCAGGAAGAGCAGGGGUUAUCCAUUCGCACCCAGCCAUACCUCAAACUGACAUUUGACCCUGCUAAAACACAGAUAGCAAAAGAACUAGCUGUGGGAAAGCCUCGUGUUGCAGUUAUCCGUGAGGAAGGCAGCAAUGGAGAUCGAGAGAUGUCCGUCUCUCUGUAUAUGGCCGGAUUCGAGGUGUGGGAUGUCACAAUGCAGGACCUGUGCUCCGGCUCCACGACCCUUGACCCAUUCCGAGCUGUUGUAUUUGUAGGUGGCUUCAGUUAUGCUGAUGUGCUGGGGUCAGCCAAAGGCUGGGCAGCUACUGCUACCUUUAACCCCAAUGCCCGGGAGGAGUUUGAACGUUUCCGGCAUCGUAAUGACACACUUAGUCUCGGGGUGUGUAAUGGCUGCCAGCUCCUGGCUCUGCUGGGUUGGGUAGGUGGAGCACAGGAUGGAGGCUCUGAGGUGGCCUUGACCCAUAAUAAGUCCGGUCGGUUUGAGUCUCGCUUUGUGAGUGUUGGCAUUCUGCCUUCUCCAGCCAUUAUGCUGAAGGGCAUGGAGGGAUCUGCCCUGGGUGUUUGGGUUGCCCAUGGAGAAGGUCUGAUGAAGUUCUGCUCCCCUGAAGCACAGCAGAAGCUGAUUAGUGCAUCUUUGGCACCCCUGCGCUAUGUGGAUGACUCCGGAGCCCCCACUGAGACCUACCCCAUGAACCCAAAUGGUUCUGCCCUGGGCAUAGCGGGUAUCUGCUCACCUGACGGGCGCCACCUGGCCAUGAUGCCCCACCCAGAGCGCACAGUGCUUGGCUGGCAGUGGGCCUGGGCACCUGCACCUCUCAGAGCCUCACUGCGUGCUUCACCUUGGCUCCGCAUGUUCCACAAUGCUGCCGUGUGGUGUCAGAGUGAGGGGGUGUCAUCAUAGUAAUUAUGGAUAUGUAUGUCUACUGCACUGUUACAUCUGUGAAAGUAUCCUGAAAGCCAGUGGUUAUUUGUAUGGUAGAUUGAGAAGAGGUAGAUUUACAUAGUUGUGUAAAAAUUUAAACCUAUAAAAACAAUUUUAUACAAACAUAAUUAACAAGAAUCAAACUGAAGAUGGCUGCAUUCCAAGUAAAACACAAGAUAUUUGGCAAUCUUGUCGCUAAUCUGUGUUCUCAAAAUGGUGCUAAGGAAAUGUUUUUGCACAUCCAUGGUGGCAAGGGAGCAAAAUUGGCCAUGCUCUCUGGGUGGGAGGCGUGGUAUACGCCCCCUCCCCUGUCAAUCACAGCAACAAUAGCCAAUCAUACGUGUCUAUGAACUCAUAUAUGUGGAAGAGGGCAGACAGCACUUUCCUCCGGGUGUGUUAUGCUGCCCUGUGAAGAGGCAUGACAAGCAGUUGAUGUAGUGUUAGCCUUCACCCUCCUUGGUUGGUAGUUGUUGUAUGAUAGGGAAGCACUUUCUGGUGGAUGGGAAUUGACAGGUGAUGAAAUUGGGGAGAAAAUGGGGUGAAAUAAAUAACAUUUAAAAAGAAAAAAGAUUUUCUGGCUACUGUUAUAUUUUGUUUAUUUAACAGAAGCCAGCAACUAGGACCAAAUUGUGCUACAUGUAAUUUUGAUUGAUUUAAAAAUUUUAUUAAUAUCAGUAUUGUAAACUCUCAGUGAUUUUUCAAAAAAGUGCAAGCUUUCAUCUUUCAACUGUCUGUUUUUCUGGGCCAUUUCUCAUCUCAUCUCAUUAUCUCUAGCCGCUUUAUCCUUCUACAGGGUCGCAGGCAAGCUGGAGCCUAUCCCAGCUGACUACGGGCGAAAGGCGGGGUACACCCUGGACAAGUCGCCAGGUCAUCACAGGGCUGACACAUAGACACAGACAACCAUUCACACUCACACCUACGGUCAAUUUAGAGUCACCAGUUAACCUAACCUGCAUGUCUUUGGACUGUGGGGGAAACCGGAGCACCCAGAGGAAACCCACGCGGACACGGGGAGAACAUGCAAACUCCGCACAGAAAGGCCCUCGCCGGCCCCGGGGCUCGAACCCAGGACCUUCUUGCUGUGAGGCGACAGCGCUAACCACUACACCACCGUGCCGCCUGGGCCAUUUCUGUAUAAGUGAAUAUACAGGGUUAGUCAAAAUUAUGUUAACACUAAUGGAUUAUUUUUUUCCUGAAUGUGUGGUGCGCCUUGACCACUGCUGGCGUAAUUGGGCUCUACUUUUUGACACCCCAACAGUGAUGUCAGACAUCUACUUACAGAUGGUGCAGCAGUAUGCCAUUGAUGAACUUCCACUACCGAUCUGAUUGGCGGGGUAUUUCCAACAGGAUGGCGCACUGCCGCGUUUUGGCCGUACUGUUUCGUGUUUAUCUCGACCACACAUUUCCAGGUCAAUAGAUGGGUCACGGUGGACCAUUGCCAUGGCCUCCACACUCCCCUGAUUUGACACCCUGUGAUUUCUGAUUAUUGGGUAUGAUGAAAGAGCAUGUGCAUAGCAGGAAAGUUCAUGAUAUCGAUGACCUCAGGGACAGAAUAAGGACUGUGGUAUCAUCUAUUCCCUGCGAAAUGUGUGUCCGGGCUUUAAAUGGUACUGUUGCUCGCUGGUUUUUGUUUGUUGAACAUGAUGGUGAACAGGUUGAGACCAUCCUGUAAAUCAUCUUGCACAUAUGAUGUAUGUUUUGUGAAUAAAUGGUUUCUACCAUUUAAGUGUUAACAUAAUUUUGACGAACCCUGUAUUUGUCCAUCAGCGCAUGUUUACAAAUGAACUUUGAGGAGAGGACAGGCGAUGUCAAUAACAAGAAGCGUUGCUGUUAUGCACAGAAUGAGCUGCAGAGCCAUGAUGAGUAAUUCUGUUUCAUCGAGACUUUGUGCACCAAAACUGCUUAAAAAAGUUUUGUGAUUUUGGUGAUGUUUUAUGUGUCUCCCAGUUAUGUACUUCAAGUUUGAUAUUUCAUUACACUACUUGAAAGAUGAAACAAUAAAGGAAACUUUUGAUAAGA